AUGUCUGUCAUGGAGUUGUGGAGGAACCGCGGGUGCGUGAGUCGUCAUUCGGCGCGUUGGUUGCCAGCAAAAUUAAUCGCCGCCGGGAAGCAUCCAUCUCGACAACGACGUAAACCGGGGAUGGAGAAACGACGUCGACGUCGACGACGAGAGUUGUCAGGGAAUUCCGACAGCGCUCCCAACGACAGGUCUCGGCGGAAUGGGAGACUGAUUCCUCCGCGCGCGUCAGCUACUUCAAAAACUGAUUGUUCGUGUAUUUUUCGUGAUUUUCAGAGCUACUUCGUGACCGACUAUGAUCCGACAAUUGAGGAUUCAUACACGAAACAGUGUGUCAUUGACGAUCAAGUGGCCAAACUGGACAUACUGGACACUGCGGGACAGGAAGAAUUCAGCGCAAUGCGAGAGCAGUACAUGCGAUCCGGGGAAGGGUUCCUUCUGGUUUUUUCGGUGACUGAUCGGCACAGCCUUGAGGAGAUUUACAAGUUCCACCGGCAAAUCCUGAGAGUCAAGGACCGCGACGAGUUCCCCAUGUUGAUGGUUGGCAACAAGGCGGACUUGGAUCUCCAGAGAACGGUUUGCUUGCUUCCCUUAUUUGUGCUGCUGCUUUGGCCUUCUGGUCGUGAAAUCUCGGGGGACUUCGAUUUCUCGCGAGGGGAGAAGAGUCUUUUGGGAAGGGGGGAUUGA